AUACUUAUUGUAUUUAUUUGUUUAUUCAGUUUAUUACAAUCACUUAUUUACCUAUAAUAUUAAUUUCAUUAGUAGGGUUAAGAAAAUAAAAAUUGUGAUACUAAUCUAUACAUGUGUACAGUAAUAUUACCAACACUUGCAUUAUGUUUACACACAUUAAAUCUGUUCAUAAAGCUCAUAGAACUGUAUCAAUUGUAAGUGCAAGAUAUUCUAGUGCAGUAGCUAUUUUAGGAAUUGAAACAUCAUGUGAUGAUACUGGUUGUGCUGUGGUUAAUGGUAAUGGUAGAAUACUAGGCGAGUCUUUGUAUUCACAAAAUAAUGUACACAUACGAUAUGGUGGUGUAAAUCCACUUAUUGCAUAUGAACUUCAUCGCAAUAAUAUUGAAUUGUCCGUAAAUGAAGCAAUAGAAUUAUCAAAUUUCAAAAUAUCAGAUUUAGAUGCAAUUGCAGUAACUACGAAACCUGGUAUGCUCAUCAAUCUGCAAGUUGGAGUAAAAUAUGCAAAAUAUCUGGCAAGAAAGUUUCACAAACCUUUAAUACCUAUUCACCACAUGGAAGCCCAUGCUUUGAUCGCUAGAAUGUAUCAAACUAUAACAUGUCCGUUUGUAGUUUUACUUAUAUCAGGAGGACAUUGUCUUUUAGCUCUUGUUAAAGAUAUUGACAAUUUCUUUUUGCUUGGUGAGGGAUUAGAUAAUGCACCAGGUGAAAUUAUGGACAAAGUUGCAAGGAGAUUAAAGUUAAAAAACAUAGCUGAGUUCUCAUUAAUGCCUGGAGGAAAAGCAAUUGAGACAGCUGCACGAAAAGCUUCCAAUCCAGAACAGUUUAAGUUUCCUUUACCCUUAACCAAAUAUAGAGAUUGUAAUUUUAGUUUUAGUGGUCUAAAAGAUUCUGUGUUCCGUACAUUGCUAAGGAAAGAAACUGACCAUGGCAUAGUUGGUGAUGCAAUUAUUCCAGAAGUUUAUGAUUUGUGUGCUGCCUUUCAGCUUGCUAUUGCAGAACACAUAGUUCACAGAACUGAAAGAGCUUUGAUAUUUUGUGAAGAAAGAAAUCUUGUAAGCAGACGUGAUAAAACUAUUAUUGUUUCUGGUGGUGUUGCAUGUAAUGAUAUUAUAUUUCAGGCCAUUCAAUUGAUUGGUAAGAAAAAAGGAUAUAAUGUUUACAGGCCUCCAUCUAGAUUGUGUACUGAUAAUGGGGUCAUGGUAGCAUGGAAUGGAGUGGAGAAAUUUAGAAAAAAAUUUGAUAUAUCUUUAGAUAUUGAUCUUAGUAGUGUAACACCUGUUGCACCUUUAGGGAAAAGUUUAAUAAAUGAAGUGAAGGCUGCCCAAAUACCAGUUAGGGUAACAAGAUUAAAAAAAUAUAACUUCUGAAUAUAAAUAGA